CGGAGAAGCGGAGCCAGCGGGCUGGACUGAGGAGAGACGCUGUGGGAUACACGGACACGACUUUUUAAAAAGUUGUGUGGAGCCAUGGAGCUGCGUGGAGUCAGCUUAUUCCUGUUUUUAUUUAUUAACCGAGUAUUUCUCAGCCUCCAGUCGAAAGAACAAGUAUUGCUGGAUAUGAGAGCUUCGGGAUCAGAGUUGGGAUGGUUGACAUCGCCAUAUGAGAACGGAUGGGAGAUUGUCCAAACAGUGGUGAAUGGCUCGCUUUUCUACACCUACAGUGUUUGCAGCAUAGAGGCUACAGAACAGGAUAACUGGCUGCGCACGACAUUUAUUCAGCGGCGCCCAGGGGCAAGCCGUGUCUCUGUGGAGCUAAGUUUUGUUGUGCGAGACUGCAACACUUUUGAUGGUGCGUCUGUUGCCUGCAAAGAAACCUUCAACCUUUUCAUCUCAGAGGCCGAUGCUGAUGUGGGAACGAACUUCCGUAAAGGGCAGUUCCGCAAAGUGGCCACCAUUGCUCCAGACGAGGUCACUCAGGGCCGUCUGCCAAAGGUGAACGUAGAAACGAAGCCAGUGGGGCCGCUGUCUAAGAAAGGCUUCUACCUGGCUUUUCAGGACGUGGGCGCUUGUGUGGCUCUGCUCUCUGUCAGAGUCUACUACAAGACAUGCCCAUCCACAGUCCAGAGCUUGGCGGCCUUCCCGGAGACAGUGGCAGAUGCUCUCAGGGAGGUUGAGGGAGCCUGCGUAGAGAAUGCCGUCAGCCAGGCCACCCCACGCAUCUACUGCACAGCUGAGGGUAAAUGGGUGGUUCCGAUGGUUCAGUGCCAAUGUCUGGCAGGCUAUGAAGCCACAGAAGACUCCUGCCAAGCAUGCAAACCAGGCUACUUCAAGCCAUCUGUAUCAAAUGAGUUAUGUCAGGUUUGUCCUGAUAACACCAAGCCCUCCGUUGCCGGAGCCAGUGAAUGUCUAUGUGAAGAAGGUUUCUUCCGGGCUCCUUCAGACCCUCCUACAUCAGCCUGCUCUGCUCCACCAGGUGCCCCUCGUGACCUUACCUCCAUCACUCUGCCAGGGGAGGGCAGGCUGCAGCUGUUCUGGAGCCCACCGCUGGUGACUGGGGGUCGCAGUGACCUCACGUACAGUGUGGUGUGCAAACACUGUGAUGGGGACUCUUGCAUCCCUUGCGGCGAGAGGAUCCGUUUUGAGACCGGACCUACGGACCUGCAGGACACCACGGUUGUUGUCAGUGACCUGGACUCUCAUCUCAACUACACGUUCACUGUAGAGACUCACAGUGGUGUGUCGCAGUUCAGUGCUGAGAGGCCCACUGCAACCAUCACCACUUCUCUGGACUACACAGAUCCCCCCAAGGUGACGGUGAUCCAUCUGGAUGAUCGCAGCCCCACCAGUCUGUCUCUGUCCUGGACUACGUCUCGUCGACCUCCAGCCCACAUCAAUCAUCGCUAUGAGCUUAUGUACCGCAGAAAAGAUGACAGUAGUGAGCGCGAUGUGACCACCUACAAAGUCCUAAUUUUGGACAAAAGCUUUGUCCAGAUUUAUGACCUCACCCCAGCCACUACUUACACGUUCAGGGUCCAGGCACUGAGCCCCGAAGGCAACCCUGGCAGCUACAGUGCCGAGCAUGAGUUUAAUACUUCUCCAUUAGCUGAGCCUCAGUUUGGGAACAAGCCCACCAUGGUGACGGUAGCGGUAUUCGGAGUAGCAGUUAUUCUGCUCGUUGUGGUGGCUGUUCUGCUGCUGCGUAAACGGAGACUGAGCGCUCGUGGCAGAGGACGAGGACCUGAGGAUCCCUACUUUUCAACAGAUCAGCUUAAACCUCUGAAGACAUACAUUGAUCCACACAUGUACGAAGACCCUAAUAUAGCCAUUCAGAAGUUUGUCACAGAAAUUGACCCUGGUGUGAUCUGCAAACAAAAAGUAAUUGGUGUAGGAGAGUUUGGGGAAGUGUUCCGGGGUGUAAUGAAAAAUCCCGGGAGAGGCGAGGUGCCUGUAGCAAUCAAGACUCUGAAGCCGGGCUACUCAGAGAAACAGAGGCAGGACUUCUUGAGUGAGGCCACCAUCAUGGGUCAGUUCUCGCACCCAAAUAUCAUCCGCCUGGAGGGAGUUGUCACCAAAUUUAAACAUGCCAUGAUAGUGACUGAAUACAUGGAAAACGGCGCUCUUGACACAUAUCUUAAGGGCCGUGAUGGAGAGAUUCCCCCAUACCAACUUGUGGGAAUGCUUCGUGGAAUAGCUGCUGGCAUGAAAUACCUCUGUGACAUGAACUACGUCCACCGUGAUCUGGCAGCAAGAAACGUUCUGGUCAACAGCAACCUGGAGUGUAAAGUCUCUGACUUUGGACUGUCGCGUAUACUGGAAGAUGAUGCUGAGGGCACUUACACAACCAGAGGAGGUAAAAUCCCCAUCCGCUGGACUGCGCCAGAGGCCAUCGCAUACAGGAAGUUCACCUCAGCCAGCGACGUGUGGAGCUUUGGUAUCGUCAUGUGGGAAGUCAUGGCAUUUGGAGAACGGCCAUACUGGGACAUGAGCAACCACGAGGUCAUGAAGGCUAUCAAUGAGAAUUUCAGGCUUCCUGCUCCAAUGGACUGCCCAUCCGCUAUCUACCAGCUCAUGCUCCAGUGCUGGCUGCACGAUCGCUCAAAACGACCUCGCUUCUCAGACAUCGUCAACAUUUUGGACAAACUUCUGAGAAGCCCGGAGUCUUUAAAAACCAUUGCGGACUUUGACCCACGCGUGUCCAUCCGGCUGCCCAGCACCAGCGGCGGUGACGGCACCAUGUUCAGGUCGGUGCCCGAGUGGCUGGAAUCCAUCAAAAUGAGCCAGUACAACGAAAGCUUCGCUCGCGCUGGGAUAACGACCAUGGAGCAGGUGCUCGCUUUGAGGCAUGAAGACAUCAGGAACAUCGGAGUGCGGUUGCCCGGUCACAUGAAAAGGAUAGCAUACAGCAUCCUGGGUCUGAAAGAUGAGACGAGCUCCCUCAGCGUGUUCGCCGUGUGAUCUAAGCAUUCCUUCAAAUCAAAGUGCACUGACCGACCAUGCCAUUUCACUCACGGAAGACGAGGACUGAAGUGUGUGUGUUGGGGGGGGUGGCUGAAACUGAACUACACUGCAGGGUGUUUUUAUUUUUCCCUGCAGCGCAGUGUGGCGUGACUGAAAAGCACCCUCAGGAAGGACUCAUUUAUGUACUUAAUGAAAGAGAAGUAAUUUAUCUUUAUAUGAAAGUGUUUAUUAUGUUGAACAUAAGCAAGUUAUGCGACGCAGUUAAAAAAAAAACAUAAAUGAGGGCGAAAUGUGAGAUAAUGUGAGAAUGCUCGUCCCUGCAUUUUCUGAAAGGCUGAAAUAUUUAAGGCUCUUUAUGAUUAAGAGCGACUUCUUCGAAGCACUCACCAUCCUGCCGGUGAGGAUCCUUAAAUCUUUUUGUUUUGUUUACUUCUUGUGAUCAGUGAGACUUUCUUUUAAAUCUGGAAUUGUUAUUCCACUCAGGGCAAAGAAUCACAUUCUUAUGUUUUUAAGUUAGUCUCUGUGUCACACCGUGCAUCUCUUCGUUCAUUUUGUUUACAGUACGUCUUAAUACAAAUGUUCAUUUUUAAAAUUUAUUAUUUAUUUUGUAUUUAUGUCAUUUGUUACAUG